CCCUCUCUCUCUUGACCACACAGGCUCGCAGCUGGAAAGCUCCUCGAGUGUGCCUUCUCUGUGUUGCUUGGAAAAUGGCCAUGGCAGAAGCUGCUCCCACCAGUCCAAACAAGACGCUGCCGUCCAAACCUCAGGAUCCGUCAGACACGAGUCGAUCGAGCCGCUCUAGCACCGACAGCCGUAGACUGUCCCUCCAACGCAAGCCCCUCCCCAGUUCCGCCGUCCCCGCCAUCCCCUCGUUCAACAUCGACGAACACGAAGACACGACCGCAGGAGGACGUGAAUCGAGGCUGUCAGAUACCUCCCUUACCCCGAGCGCACACUCAAGAGGUCCUGGAGAUGACGUACCGGUAACAAAGGACAUUCCCUUUCGACAGCUAAACAUUAGCGAUAAUUCGUACAACUCGCGCCAUUCACACGCAGGCCUCCUCGAGAUGGCCGCUUCAGCGGACGAGGCCGAUCCUACCAUGGACACGGAACAGCAUUACCCUCAGCAACCUUAUACCCACCGGCCCGCACCACCGCCACCGCAUGCUGGCACACCUCCCGAAACAGAAUCGCGACGGUCAUCCAAGAGCGACAACAGCGGUGGUCGUAAUACUUUCAAUUUUGGGUUCGAUGCCCCACUACAAGUACCGCGGUCCACGUUACAACGACCAAGUUCUGCAUAUACGUUGGGUUCCGAGCUGAACGCACGAGGUCCCACACACUCGCCACAUCUGUCGGUCGGUGGUUCGCCAUCAUCCAAUGGCUCGCAAGCCAGUUACGCCCGGCAGCUGUCUGCCAAUCGUCGGUCCCCUGAUAGCAGGCCUACUUCUUAUGUUGACCUGCUCAACUUGCCAUACAACCAGCAGAUUGCCCCGGCUGCGAACAUCGGGAACACGCAACUUAGACAUGCUGUAGGCGCAAAUGCAUCGCUCAUGGACACCAAGAAGACGCUUGACAUGUACAAGAUAAACGUGAAGAAAACGCAAGACAAUGUCGUGCAGUAUGAGUUUGCUCUUUUCAUGGUGCAGGUAGCACGAGAAAUCAUGGCGGCGGACCCAUCGAUCGAUAGCCAUGGGUUGGUGCCAGCAGACAUGCUUCGGGAGGCACGACAGAUACUGCAGCGGUUAGCGAACAGCAGCUACCCGUUCGCCCAGUACUAUCUUGCUGAUGGGUAUGCGUCAGGCUUGUUCAACAAAGACAAGCCAGACUACGACCGCGCGUUUCCUUUAUUUGUUGCGGCCAGCAAACAUGGCCACGCCGAGUCUGGCUACCGUACCGCUCUUUGCUAUGAGUUUGGGUGGGGGUGCCGAAAGGAUUACGCCAAAGCCGUUCAGUUCUACCGCGCUGCAGCAUCCAAAAACCAUCCAGGUGCCGCUGCUCGUCUAGGCAAAGCUUGUUUGACCGGCGAUAUGGGAUUGCAGAACAAGUAUCGAGAAGGUGUGAAAUGGCUCAAACGAGCAUCCGAAUCCGCGGAUGGCCAGUACAACACCGCCCCCUACGAACUCGGCCUGCUCCACGAGACCGGCUACGGCGACGACAUAUUCAAGGACGAGGUCUACGCGGUGCAGCUCUUCACCCAGGCAGCUGAACUGGGUCAUGCGGAAGCGGCUUUGAAACUGGGAGAGGCAUACGAGCAUGGACUCCUCCGUUGUCCCAAAGACGCAGCCCUCUCGGUGCAUUACUACAACUGUGCCGCCCAGGCGGACAUGCCAGAGGCCAUGAUGAAUCUGUGUGCCUGGUAUAUGGUUGGUGCCGAACCCGUACUGGAGAAGGAUGAGAAUGAAGCGUAUGAAUGGGCAAAGAGAGCAGCCGAACAUGGACUUCCAAAAGCCGAGUACGCUUGUGGCUAUUUCACGGAAAUGGGCAUUGGUUGUCGUCGCGACCCCCUCGAAGCCAAUGUCUGGUACGUCAAGGCCGCCGAUCAUGGAGACGAGCGAGCAAAACAACGACUCGCGAUUAUACAGGCUGCAGCCUCUGGUCAAACCCUCACGCCUACAACAGAAAAGAACAAGCUGAAGAAGGGUGGCAAAGACGAAAACUGCCUGGUUAUGUGAACAACUGACGGUUGUUCAUUUUCAAUCUUGGAUGUGCAGAGCCCGAUGUUCCAAAACUUGUUGCAGAACCCGCAUUGCACUACGGUCCGCAUUUUGAGCCAUUUUGUUGAUUACUGUAUGGCGAAUUUCCUCUUGUUCCUUGUUCUUGUUCUUGUUCUCGUUCUUGUUCUUGUUCUCGUUCUUGUUCUUGUUCUCGUUCUUGUUCUUCCUCUUUGACUUUGUGCAGCAUAUUUGAAGGCAUUUCCUGGAGACGUUCUAUUGCAUGGCUGGAAGAAAAAGCAUCUUCAUUGCAUCUGUGUUCGGCUCGAGACAGUUGAUUUUGGAGUCCCCGACCCUUUGAAGAACCC